AUUCGUUCAGCUUUUUGCCCAUGGGUCUUGCCAAAAUACCCUCUGCUUUAGGUUUUCAAGACCUGCAGAAGGGUCAUUUCCCACACAGAUUCAACACUAGGGAUAAUGAGCAUUAUGUCGGUCCAUACCCGGAUCCCUCCUUCUAUGGCUAUGAGCGCAUGUCUGAAAGUGGUAAGGCGAGCUUCAUGGAAUGGUACCAGACCGCCUCACAGAACACCUUUGAUUUUCAGGUUGAACUCAGACGCUACUGUGUUAACGAUGUUGAUGUCCUGCGUAAAGCAUGUACCAUAUAUCGUGACACUCUGUUGGGUUGUACACAAGUUGAUCCAUUCAUGCACACCACCCUGGCUGCAUUCAGUAUGGGUGUGUAUAAAACACUGUUUCUGCCUAGAGACACGCUCGCUCUCACGUAUGAUGGUGCAUACGUUGAGCAGAAUAAGACAUUUUCAAACGUCUCUAUUGAAUGGCUUCAAUAUGUGUCCCACACCACCAACACAGUGAUAAAACACGCUCUCAGAGGAGGCGAACAGAGGGUUGGUCCGUAUUUUCUGGAUGGCUUUGACCCCGCAGCUCACACGGCUUACGAAUUUGCAGGAUGUUUUCACCACGGAUGUGUUAAAUGCUACCCCGAGAGUGAAGUAAAUCCUGUCAGCAAAGCGUCCUACGGACUGCUGCACCGUAUGUUUUGUGACAAAGUGGAUGCACUGAAAUCACAAUACAGUUUGAGCGUUGUUGUGAUGUGGGAGUGCGAAUGGGCUGCCUUGAAGCAGACAGACCCUGCAGUUGUGGCUUUCAUGCAUACAUACAGAAAGCCAGAACGCCUGAACCCCCGAGACGCCCUUUUUGGCGGUCGCACAAAUGCUAUAAAACUGUACCACAAGGUAGCGUGUGAUGAAAAAAUAUUUUACUACGACUUCACCAGUCUCUAUCCCACGGUGCAAUCUAAAAAAGAUUAUCCUGUAGGACACCCUCAAAUCAUUUACAGCAACUUUGACAAGCUAGAAAAUUAUUUCGGCUUUGUUAAAUGCACAGUACUGCCACCAAGAGGGCUUUUUCACCCCGUCCUUCCCUACAGGUGCCAUGGCAAACUGAUGUUUCCACUCUGCAGCAUGUGCGCUGAAGACCAGAACCAGCACACUGCAUGCGGGCACAGUGACAGUGAACGGGUGUUGAAAGGCACAUGGGCCUCAUUUGAGCUUGAAAAAGCUGUUGAGAAAGGAUACAAGCUUGUUUCUAUUGAUGAGGUGUGGCAUUUCCCCAACAAGACCGACACAUUGUUUAAAGACUAUGUGAAAGCCUUCCUAAAACUUAAACAGGAGGCCUCGGGGUAUCCAGAACAUGUGAAAACCCCUGAAGAACAGCAAAAGUACAUAGCCGAGUAUUAUGAAAAGGAGGGAAUAAUGCUGGAUCCGUCCAAAAUAUGUGUAAAUAAAGCUGUUCGAAACUGCAACAAGCUGCUGCUAAACUCAUUAUGGGGUCGUUUCAGUAUGAGGUCAAACAUGGCAUCGUCCGAGCUCAUCACAGAUCCGUCCAGGUUUAGUCAGCUAAUGUUCAGCGAUCAGUACGACGUGCGGCAGUUUUGUUUCAUCUCUGACGACGUCGCCAUGGUGCAGUGGCGCCACGCCGAUGGUAGAGCAUCCCGCGUCAAGGACGUUAAUGUCUUUGUGGGUGCCAUGACCACUGCACACGCCAGACUCAUGUUGUAUGAUUUGUUAGACAGCUUGCAACAGCGCGUGCUGUAUUGUGAUACAGACAGCGUCAUUUUCACAGCACGCCCUGGCGACUGGAUGCCUCCUCUAGGCCCUUUUCUGGGUGAUCUCACCAGUGAAUUAGCUUCUGGAGAGGGCGGUGUGGAGGAUCACAUAGUAGAAUUUGUUUCCGGUGGGCCAAAAUGCUACGCGUAUCACACAUCGCUGGGCAAAACACAGGUCAAAUGUAAAGGUGUAACACUGAACGCACAAAACUCCAAAGUUGUCACCCACGAAUCCUUGAAAGGUUUAGUCCACAAGUUUGUAACCAAUCAGGUUUCAGAUGCACACCUAGUGGCUGUGUCUGAUAAUAUCAAACGCGAUAAAAAGAAGCUUCAUUUGAAGAAUGUAUCCGUUGUGAAGAAGCUUAAAGUUGUCUACAACAAGCGCCGUGUGCUCCCAGACUACACAACCCUGCCUUAUGGAUUUUAAAUUAGAUCAGGGGUUUGACGCUAGGUUGCAGCACCCGUUCAGCAUGGUGGUCAGCGGUCCCAGUAACUGCGGCAAGACUUUUUUUGUCAAAAAUGUCAUUGAAAAUGCAUCCGGGAUUAUUUCG